CCCUGAACUACUUUUUCUUCUAUGGCUGGAUAAUUCAACAAAUCCGCAAUUACAAACGAACCCGAGUGACAAUUAAUCAAACUGCUGCCGAUGUUGACGCCAAGAGCGGAAGCAGACGCAAACUCGAACAUUCCCUACAAAAAAUCGCCUCCACGACGCUGGGUGUUGAGCAUGUCGACAUCCAUCUUACUUUCUUUGAUAUGGGAGGCGACUCCAUCAAGGCGAUCACAUUUAUUUCAGAGGCACAGAAGGCAGGAAUUGAGUUCUCGGUCAAGGAUCUGUUCGAGCACCCGACCAUCGCCGACCUGGCUCUCUUCAUCGAUCAACGAUCUCCGCUCAUCGACGAGGACCCUCUCGAUCUGGACUCGGUCGAGCUCAUCGACACCGAGCUCAAGACCACCAUCCUCGAGCACCACGGACUCACCCUCGACGAUGUCGACGAUGUGCUCCCAGUCACGUUCAUGCAAGAGGCGAUGCUGGUGUCCACCCUCAAGGAUCCCCACGGAUCGGUGUAUUUCGCAUCGUCGAGCUGGGAGAUCAGAGGGCUCGACGAGAAGCACAUCCGAGAUUCGUGGAAGAUCCUCCUCGGAAUCUAUCCCGUGUUGCGCACUCGCUUCGUGGUUGCCGACGGCCACAUCUACCAGGUGAGGGCAUCGCUCACCGACGUGAACCACAAUCGCAUUCCCCUCGUGUCCUUCGAUGUGCGGCCAUCGGCCUCUGCCUCGACGUCACUCGUCGAUGGCGAUGACCCUGCCACUGUCAUCGACAUCGAUGCCGACACUGACCGUGAUGCUGUCGCCACGACCAUCGGCAACAGCACCACCCUUGUUGUCACCAUCACGGCCCACCACGCCGUCUACGACGGAUGGUCUGUUCCCCUGAUCGUCAAAGAUCUCUUUGCCAUCCUCUCGGGCCACGUUCCUCGACCUGCGCCGUCGUCGCGACCGUUCCUCCAGUUCCUUGCUGCUGUGGAUCCGCUUGCCACCGAGGAGUACUGGACUGGCUCUCUGACGGCAAUCAAGUUGUCGGAGCGAGGAUUCCUCCCAUCGAUCUCACACCCGAGCGCCACUGAUGGUGCACUGUCAACCGGACCGGCCUUCAAGGAUCUGACUGUGGCGAUUGCACCGUCGCUCACGGACAUCAAGCGUGCGGCCCACGGUUUUGGAGUGACGCCGGCGACGAUGGCCAAGGCAGCAUGGGCGAUGGUUCUCCACAAGUUCACACGUGUCGACGAUGUUGUGUUUGGCUGGGUUGUGUCGGGACGCCAGGUGCCAGUGCGUGGCAUCGAGAGAAUGGCCGGUGCCUUCGUCAACACCGUUCCUGCUCCGUUCUCAAUCAACCCAUCGCUGGCCCUUGCCUCGUUCCUCAAGACCACACAUGCAAGCCACAUCGACUCGCUCCCACACUCCCACGUGUCCAUGUCCAACAUCCUCAAGUGGCUCAACAAACAGACCUCGGAUCAGCUGAUGGACAGUCUGUUGGUCUUCCAGAACAACGAAAGUGUCCCGGACACAGUCACCACCGACUCGUUCAGCGUGCGCUGGAUCGACAGGAGCGGCAACAUCUCGGACUAUCCACUCACUGUCGAGGUUGUCUUUGCCAACGACUCGAGUGCCUCGAUCAGUCUUGCGUACAAGGCGACAAUGUUCAGCGACGAGAUCGUGGCCAGCAUCGGCGACUGUCUGGCCUCCACCAUCGCUCGCAUGUGUGACUCGGCUUCCACGAACCUCAUGCUUGGCGACCUCGUUGGUCUCAGCGAGAGCGAGAUGGCGGCAGUGGUUGCUCUCGGCACCGGCCCAUCCGUCCCUCUCGAUCCAAACACACUCCUCCAACACCGAUUCGAGCACCACGCCGCCACGACGCCAGACAGCAUUGCCAUUGAGUGCGGCGACAACCGGAUCACCUACGGCGAGGCAAACCGACGAGCCAAUGUGCUGGCCCACCAACUGCGGUCGCUCGGGGUCACACGCAAUGUCCCAGUUGCGAUCCUGACCAGUCGGUCGGUCGAGAUGAUCGUGGGUCUGCUUGCGAUCCUCAAAGCCGAUGGCGUGUAUGUGCCAAUCGAUGCAAGCUAUCCGGUUCAUCGGAUCGAGUCGAUGAUUGCCGAUGUCUCGCCGCUUGCCAUCAUCCACACUGUUCCGGCGACGCCACUGGAGGCAAGCAUCAGUGCAAGCAUCCGCCAAGUGUUCAUGAACCAGACCGACGAUGGAUCCCAUGACGGCUCCGCUGCACCACAGUCCACAAACGACGGCACAGCACUGGCGUACAUCCUGUUCACAUCGGGAUCGACAGGAAAGCCAAAGGGUGUGACGAUCACACACGGCGGUGCUGUGAACACCAUCGACCAUGUCUCGCGCGAUAUUGCUGCUGCGGCAGCACACAGCAAACGGUAUCUCCUCUCGUCGGCGAUGACAUUCGACUACAGCAUGAUCCAGAUCUUCCCCUGCUUUGAUGUCGGCGGCUGUCUGGUUGUUCCGCCAGAACUCAACUUUGAUGCCUUCAAGCACUGCGACGUGGCGAUGACGACUCCGUCGCUGAUCAACUCCAUGGGUGCACCAGACGACUACACCAACAUCAGGUUCCUGAUGUCGGCAGGCGAGCGAAUCACCAACUCGACGAUCCAGCUGUGGAGAACGCGAUCGAGGCUGUACAACGGUUACGGUCCGACCGAAACAGCAAUUGUGAUCACCACGAAGCUGUUCAACGACGAUGUUCCGACCAUCGGAAAGCCGAUCCAGAACGGGUUCGUCAUGAUCAUGGACAAGAGCGGCCGACCUGUGCCAGUCGGAGUCGCCGGCGAGCUCUGGAUCGGCGGUGUCGGUGUCUCUCCCGGAUACGUGAGCCGACCCGAUCUCACGGCCGAGCGAUUCACCAUCAAUCCGUUCUUCGACAACAUGAGGAUGUAUCGAUCCGGAGAUCUGGUCCGAUGGACUGCCAACGGCGAGCUCGAGUGCUUUGGCCGAAUUGAUCACCAGGUCAAGAUCCGUGGCAUCCGGAUUGAGCUCGAUGAGAUCACCUCGACCCUCGACACCCACAUGGCACAGGUGUCGGCAUCGUGCGCGACAGUCAAGUCUGACCGCAUCGUUGUGUUUGUGUCUCCCGCCUCGGUCGAUAUCCGAGCGGUUCGCAGCACGAUCGAGAGCCAUCUCCCAGCGCACAUGUGGCCGACGCUGAUUGUACCGCUUGAACAACUGCCAAUCAACAACAACGGCAAGAUCGAUCGACUGGCUCUCGACGCUAUCGAGGUCAGCUUUGAAACGAACGAGACGAUCCAGCCGGCCGAGACCGAGACUGAGAUGCGUCUGGUUGACACUUGGAGCCGUGUGCUUGGAGUCGAGGUGGCCAAGAUCGGAACCAACCACACGUUCUUCGAGGCUGGCGGCGACUCUCUCAAAGCGAUCGCAGUUGUAUCUGAGGCACAGAAGGCAGGAAUUGAGUUCUCGGUCAAGGAUCUGUUCGAGCACCCGACCAUCGCCGACCUGGCUCUCUUCAUCGAUCAACGAUCUCCGCUCAUCGACGAGGACCCUCUCGAUCUGGACUCGGUCGAGCUCAUCGACACCGAGCUCAAGACCACCAUCCUCGAGCACCACGGACUCACCCCCGACGAUGUCGACGAUGUGCUCCCAGUCACGUUCAUGCAAGAGGCGAUGCUGGUGUCCACCCUCAAGGAUCCCCACGGAUCGGUGUAUUUCGCAUCGUCGAGCUGGGAGAUCAGAGGGCUCGACGAGAAGCACAUCCGAGAUUCGUGGAAGAUCCUCCUCGGAAUCUAUCCCGUGUUGCGCACUCGCUUCGUGGUUGCCGACGGCCACAUCUACCAGGUGAGGGUGUGA